AGCGCAGCAGCAGCCAGGGUUACAAAUGCAUGACAAAAUGCGAAUAUUAAUGUGUUGUAAGUCACAGAAUUUUCCGUAAAUUGAGAUACUGAAGUGCAGCCGGACAAAUGAGUGUGCGGGCUUUGUGGAUCAUUUCUCAGGAGAAGGGAGAAAAUGUGUCAAUCCGCUUUUCAAGGAGGUUUUCUACUGUGGAGCACCGUGCAAAGAGCCUGGCAGGCUCCUCCUAUGUAGCAGUCCCAGACGAAAGCACUGUGCUGCAGCUCUUGCUCACUGAGCUGGGGCUUUCAGACUCACACAAGUCAUAUGUAGCACUGAGAGAUGAUUGCCUUCACCGCCAGCGGUCACCAGCUCUGGAGCUGUGUGUGGACGGUCCUGGAAAGGGAUUACUUUGGCCAGUAUUGACCAUUUCUCAAGGGUCUCUUAUCCUAGCUUGCCUACCUUUAGUGGAUGCCCCUGCUGAGCCACGGCCACCUCUGGCCAGCCUGCUGUCAGUCUCCCAGGGCCUCACGCUCCUGGCAGGCUUACAGACUUUUCUCCUCGGAUCUGGGAGUAAGCCUGAUAAUGAGGGGCUGGCCUCUCGCCUGGCAACGCUGCCCUCCGUGCUCCUGCAGAUUUGUCCACUGGGCACACCACUGGAUCUGCCACUACUGGGGGCACCAGCUACAUCUGCAGCACCCAUGCCUACUGGGAACCAGAAGCAGCCAGCCUGGAAGACGGGGCUACACCGGGGUCGGGCUGUGGUGAACGUAGCACUGAUAGAGACAGUACGCUCCAUGCAGUAUGGUAACCGGAGUAGACAGGACCUGUGGGAUGUAUACGGCACUGUGACAUGCAAAUGUGAAGUGGAGGGGGUACUUCCAAAUGUGACAGUGACCCUCACUCUGCCACCAAAUGGUUCUCCACUGCAGGACAUCCUGGUCCAUCCCUGUGUCACCUCACUGGACUCCAGUAUCCUGACUGCCAGCAGCGUUGAUAACUAUGAUGGCUCAGCUUUCUCUGGGCCGUACAAGUUCCCAUUCUCUCCUCCUCUGGAGCCUUUCAGAUUAUGCAGCUAUACAUCUCAGGUCCCUGUUCCCCCCAUCCUUGGGUCAUAUCAGCUGAAGGAAGAAGACAACCAGCUUUGUUUCUCUGUAAAUCUCAAACUUCAUGAGAGUGUAAAGAAUAGCUUUGAGUACUGUGAAGCACGUCUGCCCUUCUUUAACAGGGAUCAAAUGGGUAUUGUGGAUUUGAAGGUGAGUUCUGGACAACUAGAUGUUUCAAAGGAGAAGAACCUACUGGUGUGGGUCCUCGGACAAAAGUUCCCUAAAUCUCGUGAAGUAACAAUGGAAGGCAGGAUCAGCUUUUCAGGGCCGACACCAGGACCUACUGACCCUCUCUGCACAGACCUCACAGCCUACAUUAAAUUGUAUUUCAAAGUGCCUGACAUGACAUUGUCUGGAUGCUGUGUGGAUCAACAUUUAGUGCAAGUUUAUUCCUCUGCCAAACCACGGAUUGUAACAUCCCGAGAACUUCAAUCCAAAGAGUAUUUCAUAUGGAAUUCAACAGGCACUGCUCCAGUCUCCUCAGGACAGAUGAUGCUGUAGCAUGAAGAGGAGUGCAGUUGGGACAGUUUGGGACUAAAGAGGCUGUAACAGAUAUAUGAUAUAGUACAGUGGUCCAGAUCUGAUAUUUGACCCCAUGAAAUCAUUUUAUUACUUUUCUGUUGUUACUGGAGAGCUCGCAAUUGAUCAAAAAUGUUGUCUUUUUCUAAAUGGUUUUUAGAUUUUACAGCAAGUUGCGAUAAAACUGAUGGCAAGAACUGAUGGCAAAGUGAUUCUGUUGGACCCAACAUGUUAUUAACAUUCACUUGUAAAAUACUAGAAUAAUUUUGCCUUCACUCAGCACAGAUCACAUUGCACAAAGUUAAAUGAAAUAGUUUGAGUUUUGUUAAUGGAUAGCUACAACAAGAAUACCUGCCCCUGUAGUCCAACCUCUAUUAUCCUCCAGCCUUCACCCUCCCUCAGAUUUAUCCCAUUGCAGACACAAGGGCCACCCGUCGCUCUGACAGUCCCACUUCAGUGACUCUCUAUCAGCCGGAUAAUUAGCAGCUGGGGCCUUGUCAUCAGCUGUUGUGGGCCUGGAGAAGAGGGGCGGCUGGGCUGUGAAAGGCCAGACUGCUCUGGCCAGUGUCUUGGCUACAAAAGGCUCCUCUUUAGAGCUGGCAGGAGUCCUAGCUUCCCCCUCUCCCACCACCCCCACUUACCCCCACCCCUUUUGACCUCGUCCCCGCCCUGUCAACUAGUGGCUAGUUCGAACGCACAACCUCUCCAACCAGACUGUGAUUGAGCACUGACCCUCAGAGACUUUAAAGAAGCCGGUCCCAUUCAGCUUGCAGGACCUUCCUAAUUGGUGAAAAAGUCACAAGGAUGGUAAUUGUUGGGUCGCCUCUUGAGGUUGCAUAGGUGCUUUAACUCAAUUAAUGUAGAACUUUAAGUGUAUGUUUUUGAUCUUUAUUGUUGUUACACAAUUGUCAGGUUAGACCCCCCUUUAUAGUCAAUACAAUAUAGUCAAAUCAUUUGAAAAGUUUCAGAAGUUUCUCUGAACUAUGACAAAGUACAUUUACUAACUCUGUUACAUUUUUACUAUAAAAGCAACACCUCUGUGUAUUAUGUUGAAUGAAUAACCAGCUGAUGAAGGGUUAAAUCAGUGGAGAUUGUGCCCCGCUAUUCCACAGCAGCCAGACUCCUCUGAGUGCCCUCAUUGUCUGCUGUUGGCCUCUUGUGCCCCUUGCUGGUCCAAAUGGUACAUUCUCACGUGGAUUUCCACUCAGAAGGCUGACCAUGACCAAUCCUCUGUCAAUUGGAACCAAUUGCUCACACGGCAUCCUUCACCUUCUUUUUAUGUAGCUGUACGGAGUGGCAGACACCGAGACCUCUCGGCUCUCCCCCUCCACGAUGAUUUGGCUUUAGGGCCCAGUGUGUGUGGCUAGCGAACUGGAAAAGGAGAAGUUUUUGAAGAGUUGGGCCACUCUAAAUCUCUUCAGUAUCCCAAUAUGUGGUCAGUCUGGCUCCUCAAGUCUGCAGUCACCGGCCUCUCACUGGCAGACUUUGCUUUGUUGAUUGAAUGGCUUGCUAAGAAGAUGGACUUGUUUUAAUGUGUUGUUCUGCUCCAGUGCCUUCAGCCAAUACCUCAGGGUAUUUAAUUCUGUUGUGUAUUUAAAAAUCAUUCAUUUAUUUCACCACUGUUUACUUGCAUACAGGAAAAUGAUUUCUUUUGACAGCUUUCAUCAAAAUAACAGAAAUAAAUUUCUGAACAAAGCAGAAAUUUGGAUUGUCAAGAAUCAUGUUGGGACAACAUAAGAUUGUGCUCAGAAUUGCCUAAUGCCUAAGCAUGUAUUAUACUAUUAUAGAUAUUGCAACUGUUAUUCACUGAACUGUGGGAGUGUAGUUUACUUUGUCCCUCAGCCCAAUAAUGACACCCAGUGGUAGAGUUCUAUAAAUCUUCUGUUAGAACAUGUUGAUUUCUUUUUUUUUUAAACAAAAAAAAAAACUGUUUAAUCACCAUCCCUCUAUUGAAAUGGUUCAACUCAAUCAUUGCCAGAUCAUCUUUCCUGAUCAGCCCUCCUGCUGUGUGAUGUGGUCCCAGUAACGUUGAUCUAAAGCAGUGUGCCUGAGGACUAGGCAUUUGUUGAAAACUGGCCUCAGGUGUUUGGUAGGAGUCCAGUUCCUCUUAGACUCUCUCAUCUUGCUAAGAGCUGGCUUCAGGGAGAACACUUACCAGUUUCCUGUUUGCAUUCUUAUUAUUUUUCAACAGCCACAGAUCUUUACAGAUAUCUUUGGAAACUGAAGGAUUCUUUUGUACUAAUUUCUAUACCUUUUGCCUGAUAAUAGACAAGAGUCUUCAAAACUGACUGAAUUGAAUUCUAAAUCUGAACUAUAUGAGGACAUGAUGACAUUUUUGGAUGUUUUGCUAUCAAUAUCAUAGGAAGGGUGAAUGAGCUUUAGACUCAAUGCCUUUACAACACAUUUACUAAUUUUGUGCUCCACUUUCACCCAUAGAGGGCACCAUAAGCUCAGCCAUGCAGAGAAUAUUUGGUUUACAAAGUUUUAUUUGGUUAAUUUGCAAACUGUUUCUAAACCCUGUGAGAAUAUGACUGAAAAUUACCACCUGUGAAAAUGUGAUGUUUGGAUUAAGCAAAUAGUGACCAAGGAGCUACAGUAGCUGUUUUAGUAAUUCAUUUGCAUUAACAGACCAUGUUUAAGAUCUGUUCUGAUCCAGAUUAAAAAUGAAAAAACACUCUUAGUUAAGCUUAUGGUCCCAGAUCCCUCUUGCGCCUCUUAUCCUCCCUGUCUGGCUGCUUCUGGUAGACCACAUCCAGCUAUCCCUGUGUGUUUUACCCUUAUUCUCUGUUCUUCCUAUUUCACUUUCACUUGUCCAUGAUAAGUUUUUUUUGUCUAGAGACACUCCUCCGUGUUCACUUUGUUGAACAGUCCUUUUAUCUGUGUCUUUGGGGCCUUGAGCUUGAUUUCUCUGGUUAGACUCUUCUACUCUGCACUGGAGCUGGUGUUUGGUCUGGUUUUGCUGUGUCUCUUCACUGAGGAGGGCCAAAGAUUUUGGUUCCAGAAGGCAGCUGAGGUCCAGCCUUUCUCCUGUGGUCUCAUCCCAGAAAAUGUCCCUCUCUGUUGGUCUUCUCACAAGUUUAAGCUUCUGGAUCCCUUCUUUAUGUGGACCUCUAGCUGAAACAACCAGUGAAAUGAUGGAAUUAAUCAAAAGGCUAAAUUCAAUUAGAAUUUGUAUUAAAUUGACUAAGAUUAUAGAAUAGAGUCCUACCAUCAAAUGUGUAGAUAACAUUAUGUCUUCUUUGUUCUCUAGCUUUUCGGAGGUGAGCUUGUCGAUACUGAUGAGCCUGUUGAGCGAGAGCGGUCUGGGCCUCCAGAAACCCUCCCUAAAGCCCACAAGAACACAUAUUCACACAGAAAUUACAACAAUGGCGGAAGAAGUCUUCAGACCUUUUACAUAAGUAAAAGUACCAAUACAAUGUGAAAAUACUCAAUUAUACGUUUUUAAAAAAAAUCCUAUGUAAAAGUACAUAAGCAUUAGCAGCAAAAUGCUGCAUUUUGGUGCUCCGUGCCGGUGGCAAUGACCUCGGACUGAUGUCCAGCAAGAAACUUGCAUUUCUAAUGCAGAGGGAUUUGAAACAGUUGCAUGCAGACUUUUCCUCAAUGCAGAUAGCAUUUUCUUGCAUCAGUUAGCGGCAGAUGUGGAGAACUGGAAAACCAGUGAAGGUCAAUAAUGACAGGAAGUCUGUCAACAGAUUCAUGAGAAAGAAUGUUCAAGAUCUCUGCAGUGAAUUGAUUGAACAUCCCUUCCUGAAAUUUUAUGACAAGAAAAUGUUUCUGCCAGAUGGAGUGCACCUGACCAAAGCUGAAAACCAGGUUGUUUUUUUUUUACCAACAUCCUCAGCACGUUGAAGAAGAGUCUUCAGAGGUCUUUAACUGCACUGCAGCUUUACUGACUGGCCCCCUGGUUUGGAUCCAUGUGCCAUUCUGUACAUAAUUGUGACUGUAAAUGUGAUUGUAAUCUGUAUAUGUGCCAGUCUUGUGAAAUGUGAAUUAAAAUGGAUCCUGUAUAGUGGUACA